AUCACGAAUACAAAUCGGACACAAGAUGCUUGCUGUACUGUAUACUUCUUGUUGACGAGUAUACACUACAUAUCGAUGAAGAUACAUAUAGAGUGACGCUAAACAGGCUAAGAGAAAGAUACUUUAACGAAUAUGUCAAGUCUGAUGUCAUAAUGACUACAGACAUCCCUGAUGGAAUCAUACAUAAACUGGACAAUAAGAUAACCUUUGCAUCAGAUUCAAUCCGACAUGACGUCAUGUAUGCCUUUGUUACGGAAUGUUUGUUGGAUAACAGUGAUCUGGAGUUUUUCCUGACCACGGCGUCCCGUGACGUGAUAUCAGAAUACUGCAGGUCCUGGGAAUAUGAGAGGAGGGAAGGAGAGAGAUGUCUUUUUGUACCCAACAUACCAGAAAAUAUGUACGACCUCUUCAUAGACAAACUACAGCUUGACAUCAUCACACACUGUACCGUGUCUGACCAAAAUAUCCAUGGCAGGAUCAAUAAACACUUUGGUGUACCUAGUGAAGUAUUGCAAUGGGACCGGGAGGCAAGAGAGCGAUACGUAGGGUACAUAAAGAGAGGAACACAGACAGUCCACCAUGCCCGGGGGAUGAUCGUAGGAUGUGCUGGGGCGGGCAAAACCACGCUACUUCAACGUUUACUAAAUCCAGAAGAAAAGGAGAUACCGAAAGUGAGAACAACAGUAGGCCUAGAAGUACAUGAGGAAAUAUUCGAAAUUUGUGAUGGAAAAUUAAAAGUUAAAUCAAGCACAGACAAGCAUAUUUCCGAAAACAAGAAGAGGCCGGGAGAUUCAAAUCAUUCUUUGGAAGAGGAAAUAACCAAAACAGUCAGUUUUUUUGACUUUGGGGGACAAUGUGCGUACUACGCCUGUCACCAGAUAUACCUGACCAGGAGAGCUUUCUACAUACUGGUAGUAGAUGCCUCCAAAGAUCUAUACAAAGAAGUGGAUAAGAAUGCAUGCGACCAGGGUGAUACUGUUUUUAAUGGUUGGACAUACAAAGAUUACUUUGAAUUCUGGUUGAAGUCGAUUCACACGUACUGUUCGCAGCCAACUGAAAAAGAUGAGAAUAUUGAUGUAAUUACAGUUGUGACGCAUUGGGAAAAGCGAGUUGACCAGGACACAAAGGCCUUCGGUAGAAUUUUACGCAACACAUUGUCGCCUCAUUCAAAUCUGGGACAGUAUAUCGGAGCAAACUCUUUGUUCUAUGCACAGUUUCCGUUGGAACCUUUGGCGGAACUUGAAAACUUCAUUGUAGACCUUGCUUUGUCAAGAAAAUGGAGUGAAAAAAUACCACACGAAUGGGAGUUUUUGAAUCAAGAGAUAGAGGAAAAUAGAAAGAUCAAGCGUAUCUUGCCUUUUCCUGAGGUGUGCAAAAGAAUGCCAGUUAAUGAAAGUGAAAAAAAUGAGAGCACAAAGGACAUGUUGCGAUAUUAUCACGACGCUGGAAAAGUUCUUUACUUUAAUGAAGAAGGUCUGCAAGAGACAGAUAUAAUUGAUGUCCAAUGGUUUGUCGAUGCCUUUAAAAACAUCAUAACUGAUGCAAAUCACACACAAGGGAUAAAUAUUGUUAAACAUAUAUGGGAUGAAUACUACAGCACAGGAAACUUACAAGCAGAACUUUUAAGCAGAAUUUGGGAAAACGAAGAUGAAAAAUUGAUGAAAUCCUUGAGAAAGGAAAACGCAUCAUUUGAAAAGAAUGGUCCUCGUUUUGUCAUGUAUCACAGAGAGGCUCUGCUGUCAUAUAUGCAGAGGCUUGGUUUGAUAGCGAUUGGCGAGACCUGCCAUUACGUGCCUUGCAUGAACAAAAAACCGUUUGCUGAGCAACAGAUGGCUAUCAUCAAGGAAGCACCUAUGACGUCCUCUGUUUUAGUGUUCUUGUUCGAUUUUUUACCUUUCUUUCUUUUCUAUCGGCUUGUCGUCAAAAUUAUGGUCAAUGGAACCUUUCAAGUUCUAAAAAACAACGAUAUUAGUUGUUUGUAGAAAAAUGCUGCCUUGUUUAGUUAUAAAAAUCACAAUAUUGCCGUAGCAGUGACAUCAACCACGAUUCAGCUGCAAGUUUAUCAGCCCGAGUCAAGGCUCAAAUUAAAGAAGAAAGUCGCAGUGUUUAUUAGAGAAAGUAUUGAGCAGGUGAUGGAAGAUAUUACCACAACUUUUCAUAAACACCUAUCAUAUAGAAUGGGAUAUAUCUGUAACGAAGAGAAAGACCAAAUACUGGGUAAAGAGAUAACAGACAACUUCCUUGAUGAAACGGGACUGAAAACAAGGGAAAAGAUGACGUGUCCUAAUCAUCAAAUGGAAAAUCGCCACAAGAUCAAUCCAGAAUAUCUGCAAGGUUACUGGACGUUAAGCACCCCCGGAGGUCAUCUGUGUGCAUGCGUAGUACAGGGGCACACUUCACAGGAACCCUUCUAAUUCCAUAAUUAUCAUUCUGACCGCUACACUUGUUCUGUAGGUUAGACUUAGAAUGCCGUGUGCCUUCUCCACCAAAAAGGAAAGGAUCAUCAGUCAUCAUGGUGAUCAUCAGUCAUCAUUUUUCAGAAUCAUUCGUAUUUGGCAUCGAGCGGGUGUGAGAAAACUUUGAGGACUUUUAAUGUUUUCUUUACUCCUAGUCAUCCUUUCAAGUUGCCUUUUGAACUGACAUGGAAUGUUUUUGAUAAAUGGAUUUAAAUUCUAUAAAAGAACAUCCAUAGUUAUUGCAAAACAUAACAAAUGAUAUUUUACCGUUUUCAAUACCUUUCUGAACACUCGAUUGAGACAGAUAAAUUCCUGCCUUUGUGGCAAUCCCCUCUGAUUCCGUAAGGGUCCAUAUCAUGUGGGCCCUAAAUAAGGUGACAAAUGGUAAUAUUGGCGACCUCAUUUAAAAAUAAAAAAGUACAUUCUUUACA